AUGGCCAUCGUCAAGGAUAGUGCGACGUUCUUCCAGCACGGCAACUCGGCCCAGUUCGAGUACGUGCUCGCGCUGUACCCGAAGGCGCUCCGGCUGAAGGCGGACACGCGCGGCAACGGCAAGAAGGCGGAGAAGCUGGUCCGGCUCGAGGAGUGGUACCAGAACGAGCUGCCGAAGCUGAUCAAGAAGCGGGGCCGCGAUGCCCACCUGCUGCACGAGGAGCUGGUGCAGACGAUGGAGUGGAAGCAGACGCGCGGCAAGUUUUACCCGCAGCUCUCGUAUCUGAUCAAAAUCAACACACCGCGCGCGGUCGUGAUGGACACGCGGAAAGCGUUCCGCAAGCUGCCGAACCUCGAGCAGGCCCUCAACGCGCUCUCGAACCUGAAGGGGGUCGGCAUCACGAUGGCGUCGGCCCUGCUGGCGGCCGCGAUGCCCGAAAGCGCCCCGUUCAUGGCGGACGAGUGCCUGAUGGCGAUCCCGGACAUCGAGGGCAUCGACUACACGACCAAGGAGUAUCUCAAGUUCGUCACACACAUCCACCAAACGAUGGACCGGCUCAACCUGGAAGUCGAAUCGAACGGGCUCCCGACAACGGCCGCUACAGACGAUGGUGGUGGUGACGAACCGCCUGCUGCGGCGGAGAAAGAGGCCUCCGACAAAAAGGACGACAAACCGGAAAGCAGCGGCGAAGAGGUGGCCCCCAGCGAUGGGGGGAAGACAAAUGGAUCGACGGCGGCGGCGGCAACGGACGACAGCGAGCCACCGACGGAGGGUGGCAAAAAGCGAAAGGGUGCCGAGGAAAACGGAGACACCACCGCAAAGGCAAAGAAGUGGUCCGCCCAUCAGGUCGAGCUGGCCCUCUGGACACACUACAUCGUGACGGAACUGCAACCGGAGCUGCUCGGUGGUAUGCCAGGCAACAAUAAUGGCGUGGCGGCCGCGAACGGAAUCUCGAAGGAGGACGGCGAGGACGAGGACGAAGAGCGGGACGAAGAUGAGGACGAAAACGGAACGGCCGACGACGAUAAGGAGGAGGAUGCGCUCGGGGACGAGGAGGACGAUGAGAAUUCGCGCACCGCGGUCGAAUCGUCGGAAUCGGAAAGCAACGAAGCAAUGGCGGACGGUGGCACCGCCACAGUGCCGGUGGUGGUGGCGAACGGUAAGGCUCGGGGAAGCGACGAGCCAGACAACAGUAGUGCCGCCACCGGCGAAGAGGACGUGGUGAAGUCGGAAAUUACGGUGGGUGGCGCGCCCGAGAGCGAGGCGGUGGUACCAGCGCCAGCAGCGCCAGUAACCGAACCAAAAGCACCGGUCAAAAGCAGUCCCGUCGACGACGACGACGACGAGUGCUCAAAAUCGGGUGACAGUUUAGAAGCCGACUCGGCGGCAGUGGUGGCGACAGCGAUGACGACGAAACCGACGGCGGCGGCUGCAACGACGACGACGUUAUGUGGUGCCGACGAGCAUACGGCGGCCGAUAGCGGCGACUCGCAGAACAGCAGCAGUCACGGUGGUGCCAACAAACGUCCGCUCUUCUGCGAGGACGCGGCCGACGACAAGCCGGAGCUGAGCGCACCGAAGCUGAUAAAAUUGUAG